AUGUUUUCUGUGAGUUUGGUCGACGAAGACAUCUAUUUGUGGGAAGUAGUCAUUAAUGGUCCGAAAGACAGCCCUUACGAAAACGGUGUAUUCAAAGCUCAUCUUAAGUUUCCCAACGAAUACCCCUUCAGAGCGCCCACAAUGCGAUUCAUAAGCGACCCAAACAUCACAUCCGAUGGACGGGUAUGUUUUGGAAUGAACGGGGAUUCGUACGCUCAAGUAAGCGGCUAUAAUCUUAUGUUAUCAGUGAUAUCGUUGCUGUCGGAGCCCUACACCGACUCAUUGGCUAAUAUGGUUAGAACAAAGUCUUGGGGAAAAGGUUGA